CUUUCUGCAUUCUUCUCUCCACAUCCCUCUCUGUACUUACAGCCCCAAUGGCCCCCAAAAAGCCAGAGCCCAAGAAGGAUGACGCCAAGGCGGCCACCAAGGCAGCUCCAGCUCCCGCUCCCGCACCUCCCCCUGAACCUGAGCGCCCUAAGGAGGUCGAGUUUGAUGCUUCCAAGAUCAAGAUCGAGUUCACACCUGAGCAGAUUGAAGAGUUCAAGGAGGCCUUCAUGCUGUUCGACCGCACACCCAAGUGUGAGAUGAAGAUCACCUACGGGCAGUGUGGGGAUGUCCUGCGGGCACUGGGCCAGAACCCCACACAGGCGGAGGUGCUCCGUGUCCUGGGGAAGCCAAAACAGGAAGAGCUCAAUACCAAGAUGAUGGACUUUGAAACUUUCCUGCCCAUGCUCCAGCACAUUUCCAAAAACAAGGACACGGGCACCUAUGAGGACUUCGUGGAGGGGCUACGGGUCUUCGACAAGGAGGGCAAUGGCACUGUCAUGGGUGCUGAGCUUCGCCACGUGUUGGCCACCCUGGGUGAGAGGCUGACAGAAGACGAAGUGGAGAAGUUGAUGGCUGGGCAAGAGGACUCCAACGGCUGCAUCAACUACGAAGCAUUCGUGAAGCACAUCAUGGCCAGCUAAACCUCCUGCCCAGGAAGCCCAGGGAAGGCUGUGCAGGGACUUCUCAUCUCCCAUGUGUGAUGCUGACACCAGCGGCCUGGAGUCAGGGGAAGGAGGGGAGCGUAUCAAGACCCUGCACAAACCCUCGGACCUCUCUGCGUGGCUGCCAUCUCUGGCCCCUCUCAGUCUGUGCUUACCUGUGACGGCAGGCAGCUCCGUCCCCACCCCAUGGGCCUCAUGAAUAAAUGGCUUCUUGCCGGC